CGGUCGCAUCGAUCCGCCGACAUCCGUCAUCUCCCCAGCCCGCACCAGACUUCAAAUAAUGGCCUCACCUCUCGAGCAUAUCGCAGGCGACAGUGCGAUAUUCAAUGAUGCCUCAAGACCUCGAUCUGACGGCAAUGUCCGGGUGAUGAGAACACUCCCAGCCUGCAACCAAUGUCGACUCCGAAAGGUCAAAUGUGACCGUCUCCAGCCUGUGUGCAAUGCUUGUGUUCGGCUCCAUCUGAAUUGCUCUUAUGCCACACGUUCGGCGAGCCCUAUCUUUGAAAAUAGGCGGGUCUUGGACUUUACGGAGGCUGGGCUCAAAAGAAAGAGAACUCGGCUAGCAUGCGGAAACUGCCGAGCGACAAAAACGAAAUGUUCCGGGACGAGCCCCUGUGAGAGAUGCCAAUCGAAAGGCCUGGCUUGUGACCUGGGCACCAGCAUAGCUCCGUCAAGUGGGAAUGAUGGUGCUAUAGGCAUACCGACGCCUAAAACUGUGGCCAGUAGUGCAACCACCAUGUCAGCCUGGCCCUUGGACAAGACAGCAACAAGGGGUUUCAUCGAUGCCUAUUUCAACGCAACGAACACGGCCACUCCGGUUUUUCUGCACAAACCGACUGUCCUUGCUGACUGGAGCAAGGAUGCUCUCAACUCAAGCCUGCUUGAAUGCAUAGUGGCGAUCGGGCUUUUCACGAGCGGCUCCCGACCGGAGGGGCAGGCGAUGGCUCGGGCAUGGCUUCAGAAAGUACAAGAGGAUGUUUUGAAACGGAUAGGACAACAAUCGGUAUCACAUUUGAUGGUCCUGGUGUUGGUACUGCGGUUCCGAUACCAAGUCGGCGAUUCCGCUGAUGCAUGGAGCCUCCUGGCUCUUGCCGCUCGAUCGGCUUUCACCAUGCGACUGAACUAUGAGCGUGAUGGACUAGACCCACUCGUUCAAGAGUCGCAUAGGCGGCUUAUCUGGGUUAUUUACCAGUUAGACCGGCUGUUUUCUGGGGGUAUCGAAGAUCUGAAAGUCUGUCCGGUAGAGAGAAUGCAUAUUCGUUUGCCCUGCGACGAACGGAGCUUUGAGCUGGGGAUCGCUUCCAAGGCUGGCUUCCUCGGCGAGGCAGCUAAAGAGCUCGGGCCCUAUAUGCACCCUCACGCCUUUCAGCUUGCACUUUUAGGCACCAGAGACAGAAUCCUAAGAUACACAAAAGACGUGCGGAGAAGCGGCAAAAGUCCGGCUGAGAGCCAAUCGGAGAUGAGAACUCUUCAAGCUGAGCUAGACGUGUUUGAGCAGAAUCUCCCGCCUGAGCUUAAGCUCACUCCGCAAAGGCUGGUGGUCGUUGGCCAUUCUCGCGAGGCUAGUACUUAUGCGGCGCUCCAUUCACUGUGGAUGAUGUGCCAUUGUGAUCUGUACCGCUUCUGUGUGCCCGGCAUCCGCGAGUCAGUGUCCAAGGAUGCGUUGGCCAUCACACCAUCCGAUUUCAUCGAGUAUUGUCAGAGGGAAUGUUUGAGUAAAGCCAUUCAGCUUUGCGAGUUAUGGUCCCAUCUGUAUCAGCUUGAAUCCAGCGAAUGUCUUGGCAACGAGUCGCUGCCUGUUUGCAUUUACCAGGUGGCUCAGAUCUUGCAUCACUUGCCACGCUUAUUGCCAGAAAGUGGUGACAACUGCAUCGCUUCCCUGAAAAAGAAACUCACAGAGGCAAUCCAAUUGGCCUCCCCAUUGACACAGCUAUAUGGUAACACAAGCAAGUGUCUGAGAGAUGCGGAGCGAUUGAUUGACGCCCUGGGUCGCGAGUCCAUGUUGCAAUCGUCACCGGAACACAGUACAGUGGAAGGUAUGGAGGUUGCUGAGCAGCACCUAGCGUCGCGACACUCGUUUCUGCCCCGCUUGUAUAGGCGUCAAGAGUCCAGUGAGAGAGGCGGGUAUCGGGCGGAAGGAGAGGAUCGCUCGGAUGGGGGUUUGUGUAACGCAGAGAUGGCAGCACCGUCGUAUCCUGGCACAGAGGACAAUCUGCUGGACCGUGAGAAGAGGGUACAGCAGGAGGCUGAGCAAGGACUUUCUGACAUGUUCUUCUGGGAUCCAUUCAACAUGCAGUUGAAUGGGUAUUAUGAUCCAGAUCUUGAUUUUCCGUUCGUUUGACUGUUGUUGUUGUUGCCAAUGUUGAAAGAGAAUGGGUGUGACUUGAACGCGGCGUGAGAGAAGAAGGUACAUAGUCCAGGCUGUCCAGGCUGUCCAGUCAACAUGUGACUCCCUUACCUCCAGGUCCCACCUCGAUAGCGACUCCCGAGGUCACUUUAAUCACAUCCCCAGUUGUACUCGAGCAUACCAUAGUCUUCAUCCAGGCACCAGAGAGCAUCCAUUGGUCAUAUCAUCUUGGCAUCAAACAACACAAUCAUUUUCUUCCUAACCGCAUACUAUUUAUGUUUUCUUGGUCAUUUUCUCAUUACGUCUCUCCAUAUGCUGCAUACGACUUGUCCACGAAACCCGAAGCCAUCCCGAGAGCAACCAUCUCCUCCCCGCUCUCCAGUUUCCGCGAGACCUCAUCCAUGAACUCUUCGAUGCUCAUAACAUUCGAAUUGUUUCUCUUCUUGUUGUCGUCAGGGUCUUCCCGCUCCCGAUGCAAGUGCGUCUCCACACUUAUUGGUUUUAUACACUCCUCCCUUCCUUGGGCGACGAAUCUGGAUGGAGUAUAGAUACUCGGGUUUGUAGAGCGAGUACCUCUACCAGCCUACCAUGUCAUGAUAUGCAUUUCAAAGGCGUUGUUGCGAUUUCAAUUACCUUGGUCUUCUCUGCUAGUCCCGCCCACGCGAUCUGUGUCCGCAGAUUCACGCUCCAAAAGUGCAACCACGCCUUGGUCCCGUUGUAAACUAGAUUGAUGACAGAGAAUGGUACAAAACCGAGGAUCGAUGAGACGUUGAUGAUGGCUGCUUUGGGUUUCCC